CAGACGCACAGCCAGAGCGCAACAGGCGCGCGGGACUCUCGGAGGGGCUCGUGAGGAAAAACUUUGAAUGAAGAGUUUGUGUAACCCGAUUUUUGUUUUGGUGCAGUAGUUUAUUCUUUAAAUAUAUGUCGCCAUCAUUUCCCUCUCUUAUCGCUGGUAGAACGUCGGUGUUUGGGAUUAGCCAUGGACCUGCAGAAAUCGAGCAACUUUAACUGGCGCGUGAACAUGUUGAAAUGGCUCCUUGGCUGCGCGUGUUGCCUGCUGAGCCUGGGUUAUAAUUUGGACGUGCAGCACUCUUUGAAUUUCAACGGACCCAAUGGAUCUUUAUUUGGCUAUUCAGUUCUGGUUCACAAGCACCAAAAGACCCCGUGGCUGGUUGUCGGAGCCCCGGAAGCAAGCUCCAGCUUUUACCCGAGCGUUAUAAAACCUGGAGGGAUUUACAAAUGCAGUAUUUCAACCAGGAACUGUGAAGCGCUCCAGACUGGUGUGGAGCAUUGUGGGAAAACAUGCCUGGCUGAGGGUGAUAACCAGUGGCUUGGUGUCAGCCUGUCCAGACGAGCCUCCAAUGGGGAUAUUCUGGCCUGCGGACAUCGCUGGAAGAACGUCUUCUUCGCCAGGAAAGACAACCAGAACAAACUACCGUACGGCGUGUGCUUCAAGAUCAGCUCUGGUUUCAGCCACACCACUCAGUACAUCCCCUGUUACAGAGAUCAUCAGAGGAAGUUUGGGGAAGACUAUGGAUCCUGCCAGGCUGGGAUCUCAAAUGUCCUCACCGAGGACCUGAUGAUCAUGGGAGCUCCUGGUAGCUUCUACUGGACUGGCACUGUGCUGGUGUACAACGUCUCCAGCAACGUUGUGGCAGCCUACGUGGACGAUGACAGCACGGUCCUCUACGGCAGCUAUCUGGGCUACUCGGUGGGUGCCGGCCAUUUCCUUCACCGCGACAGCAUGGAGAUAGUGGGGGGUGCACCUCAGCACGGUCAAGCUGGCAAGGUUUACAUAUUCCAAGUCGAAGGCAAAACUCUGAAAAUCGUGAACGAGACCAGUGGCUCUCAGCUGGGCUCGUACUAUGGUGCGAGUGUGUGUGCAGUGGACCUGAAUGCUGAUGGGCUGUCUGACCUGCUGGUGGGAGCCCCCAUGUAUAGUGUUGUAAGGGAGGAAGGGCGUGUGCACGUCUACAUCAACCAGGGCCAGGCUAGCAUGAGUGAAGCGCCCUUCAAGCUGGUGGGCCGAGACUCAUACGCAGCACGAUUUGGAGAGACCAUCACUGACCUUGGUGAUAUCGACAACGACGGCUACCCAGAUGUGGCGAUUGGCGCUCCCCAGGAGGAAGACCUGCGAGGUGCUGUGUAUAUCUACAAUGGGAGGAAGGGCGGGGUCACAGCCAGCUUUUCGCAACGAAUCACUGGUUCCGUGCUCGGCAACAGCCUCAGAAUGUUCGGCCAGUCUGUGUCUGGAGGCGUCGAUGUUGAUGGCAAUGGUUACCCAGAUGUGGCAGUGGGAGCUUAUCUGUCCGAUUCUGUCAUAGUGCUCCGGACCCGCCCAGUUGUGAUGGUGGAGGCGUCCUUGUUGCUGCCGGCCAGCGUGAACCGCUCCGUGGCUUUGUGCCAUGAGCAUGGCCUGCCUGCCGUGUGCGUGGAGGUCAGCGUGUGCUUUAGGGUCAAGGGCAAGCAAGUACCUGGACACAUAGAGGUGAAGUUCAACCUCACUGCCGAUGUCCACAACAAGGAGCCUUUUCCCUCUCGCUUCUAUUUCCAUGGAAAUGGAACGUCCAAUGUCACAGCAGGUCGAGUGAGGGCCAAGCAUGGAGAGGAGACCUGCAGCAUGCACCAGGCCUUUCUGAGGAGGGAUGUUCGUGACAUCUUCACACCUGUCCACUUUGAGGUGGAGUACGAGCUGGGGGAGCACAGAGUGGCGAGGGCUGGUCCCAAGAUCUCACGCCCCCUCACGCCCAUUCUACAGCAGCGAGAGGGCUUCAGUAACCUGGUCAGCAACAAGACACAAUUUGCCAGAUACUGCGUCUGGGAAAAUUGCUCAACAAACCUACAGAUUUCUGCACAUCUGGUACUACCACAAUCUCACAACAACGUGCCGUAUUUUGCACUGGGAAACGGGAAGACCAUCAUGCUGAACGCCACACUGGCCAACAUAGGAGACGACGCUUUUCUGCCCAAACUGCUCCUCCGAUUCCCCACCAACCUGCACUUCAUCAGAGUCCUGGACGCGGAGGAGAAAUAUGUGAGCUGUGAAGUCGUUGAGGAGAACAAAACACACGUCGGUCUUGACUGCAGCGUGGGGAACCUGUACAUCCCUUCACUGUCGAAGCUCAAUAUCAGCUUCCUGCUGGAUGUGAACCAAAACAGCAGCGCUGGAGAUCUCAGCAUCAGUAUAAAUGCCACGAGAGAGAACUAUGAGAACAAGAACCUUCUGCAUGACAACUUGGCCUACCUGACAUUGCCUCUGAAAUACGGUGUGGACCUCAGCGUCCAUGGGUUUGUGUCCCCAAAAUCUUUCAUAUUUGGAGACCACACGCGGACAUCAGUGGACUGCUACUCCGAUCGUUUCAAUUACACAUUUAAGGUCAUGAACACUGGUCCCAGUAGAGCCCUCGACACAAAAGUGCAAAUCGAGAUCCCUCACGUUCUCACCCCGUAUCCGGACAGACUGAUCCAAAUCAGAGACUUACAGACGACUUUAGGCCGAUGUCACGUGAAGAACGGCACUCUGCCCAUGAAAGACGUCUGCGACGUUCCGAAGGCGUCGGUGCUACAGGAGCUUGUCUUCUUCGUGUCGAAGAGCAGCAGGAGACGCAUGUUCUGCGUCCCAGCGGACGACGCCUGUGCCACCGUGGAGUGCAGUUUUGGCAACAUGGACGUUGGUAAAGAAGCCACUGUCAACCUGGAGGUGGAGCUCAACCCUGAUGUUCUCCAGAUGUACCCCGGCAGACACGCUGUGAUGCAGAUGGACAGUGCCAUCUCCGUGACGUCACCGGUGAAGGACGCGAGCACUAUUCUCCUGAAGGAUGACAUCAUCACUAUGGUAACCCUGGAGGCUUACUACACCCAGCGGCCCCACCCCAUUGUAGGCGUGGUGAUCAUCGCAGUCAGCCUGCUUCUUGGACUGCUCAUACUGGCCAUGCUAGUCAUCUGCCUGUGGAACGCUGGGUUCUUUAAGCGGAAGACAAAAGAAGACCAAGACAAGCUUCGACGAGACAGUUGGGACUACGUUCCAAAGAACGCCAGCUUGUCGUAGAUCAGGGACUUUACGCUGCACCUUCCGCUCACAAGGACCACAUCCACAAAGGGUCGCGCCUAGAGGGGCCUACAGGGUCAGCAGGGAGGUCAGGAGGUCAGCGUGUGAAAGAGCGUGUCACCGUCCUCCGGAGCACACCAAAAGCGCUUUUACGUGACGUUUUCAUGGGUGUGCGCAUGGGCGUAGGCGGAGGUGGGGGUGUGUCCAUGUUCAGGGGACAGGGACACUGUCCCGAGCGAGCGCAGGAGGAGCAGGUGAGAAAGACCACAGAAGACUCUGUCAUCACUGUUGUGCGUGGCCUCCAGCGUGCCUUCAAUUGUCGCAAACACAGAGCAUACAGUCUCAGUAGCAGGAGAAGUGCUGCAGAUCUGACCCCAUGACCCACCUCUGCAGAUCUGACCCCAUGACCCACCUCUGCAGAUCUGACCCCAUGACCCACCUCUGCAGAUCUAACCCCAUGACCCACCUCUGCAGAUCUGACCCCAUGACCCACCUCUGCAGAUCUGACCCCAUGACCCACCUCUGCAGAUCUGACCCCAUGACCCACCUCUGCAGAUCUGAUCCCACCUCUGCAGUGUGCUCAGAGUUCCCCUUUGUGACAUCUUAUAACAUGAAGUUACUCCAAUCUAAAUUUAAGAUGAGCUUUUAAUGUUCUCUGUCUUUUUCAUUUUCUCUUUUUAUCCCUUUCUUUGGUUAUGUGAGUCUUUCUCAUGUUUCUUCUACACUACUGGACUCUUCCCCCCCCCACUCUCUCUCUCUAUCCCUCUCUCUCUCUCUCUCUCUCCCUCUCUAUCCCUC